AUGAACGAUCUGUGUUCUAAAAUUACUGAAAAAUACCGUGAUGCUAUUCUUGAUUCUGUGGACGAUGCCAGGCCUAUUGCACGAGCAAUAUUGACUCGACGUAUCUUAAAUAGGUAUACGCCUUUUCCUAAAACUAACAAAAAACCAGAUGAAUUUGCUGGGGGUGGGUUAAUUCGAUUUGAACAAAUAGAAAAUAGCCCAAACGGAUACCUCGUUGCGCCGUACAUCUGGAUCUGGAUAUUUGUAGAGAUAUCUCAGCAACAAGGAGAUCCAAUACUUCGAGAUUGGGAGUUCGCAGAUUAUGAGGAACAAAGAGCACUCCUGAAUCCAGUAACAUCAUUACAAGCAAAGUCAUGGCAGAGUUUUGAAAAAUUUGUCGCAUCAUUUCGUUGUAUAAAGUCAGCUGUGAUUGAAGAAGAUGAGCUAGUAACGAUCUCAGUGUUCACGCGGGAGCACGUUUGA